AUGGAACCAGAAAUUUUACGAUUUCAAACUGAACGGCAAAAUGUGAUCGAUAGAGUAAAGGAAUUAUUAGAAAGGAACCCCGAGGACAGUGAUCUGCAUAAAACUCUGGACGAUCUCUUCCGACAAGCAACGGAGCUUUCAAAUACAAAGCAGCAAUCUGUAGAACGCGAUGAAGAUAACAUAAAUGAUUCACGUACUUUAAAGAAUUUCAGAACUUCGAAUAAAGGGAAGGACAGUCAGACAAACCGCAUUACAGUGAAUGAUCAAAUAAAAAUUAUUGCUUAUUUUCCGCGUCAGAUUAGGCUGUCAAAAGAGAUAGACGCGGUAGACAUGAGCGUGUGUUCCGUCACUAAUUGUAAUGUACAUCGGAUGACGGCAGAAAUUAAUGGCACUAUAUUAGAUGCUGAUGCAGUCCUUAUCCAAGGUAACAGAAUGCCUAAACAUCUUCCAACUCGUAGAGACUGUAAUCAAGUCUUCGUGUUUUUAAAUAACGAGCCUCCUUUGUAUAUACAAAUGACAGAUCUUUCCAAUGAAAUGUUCGUAAACUAUUUUAACUGGACCAUGACAUAUAGAACAGAUUCUGAUAUACCAUUUCUUUAUGGCACAAUUGUGUCAAAUGAUGAGCAAAAUUAUACUGAUUAUCUAAAUAAUGUCGGACGAAAAAGGAGAAAUGAGCUACAUAUAAAUAAAGACUUAGACAAGGAUUACUCGGCUUUAUAUAAACAAAAGGAUAAAGGUGUUUUUUGGAUUGUAAGUCACUGCUCAACAAAGUCUAAAAGAGAAAAGUAUGUUGAUAAGAUGAGAGAAAAUAUCAAAGUAGAUCAGUUUGGAGGUUGUAAUGAAAAUAAGAUCGCACGUAAAACUUAUUAUUCUACUGAAAAUUGGACACGUUACAAGUUUUACCUUGCUUUUGAAAAUACGUAUUGUAUUGAUUAUUUAACAGAAAAAGUUUAUAACUGGUUUGAACUGGACAUCAUACUUGUGGUUCGAGGUGGGUGUGAUUAUACCAAAUUUCUGCCCAAUGGUACUUAUGUAGACGCAAACAAUUUUGAAAACGCAGCCGCAUUAUCAAAUUAUCUAAAUGAGUUAGGUGCGAAUAAGACUGAGUAUAUCAACUUCUUGAAACGUAAAGAUACCUAUCGGGUAUAUAAAGAGCAGGAAAUGGUACAGUCAUCAUUUUGUAACUUGUGUGAAAAACUGAAUAAUGUUAACGACAACAUAAAGUCCGUGGAAAAUAUAUACAAGUGGUGGCAGCAGGACGCGUGUUGGAAUAUUAAAAAUCCUUUAUAA